CGCGGCUGCCUGCUUGGCCUGGGAGCCCCGGCGCCGCCGCCUUAGUGGCGAAGUGACGCGGCGCCUGCGCCCCGCAUCAUGGAGGGCAGCCUAGCCGCGACCCCAGCCCCAGCCCCGGUCGCCACCGACAGCCGCCGCCUCCCGCGCCGGGUCGGCCGGCUCCCGUCGCUGUUCUCAAGGUGCCGUCCCUGCCUCACCUCCAAGGCAAUAUGAAGGCGACCCGGGACCACGCGAGCUCCCCUUUCUGUACGCGCUUCAACCACUCCGGCCCGGGCAUCUGGGCGGCCGAGCGCGCCGUUGAGGCGCGGAGCAACCUCACGCUGCCCCCGGAGCCCAGCGAGGACUGCGGCUCGGUGUCCGUAGCCUUUUCGAUGACCAUGAUGAUCACCGGGUUCGUGGGCAACGCGCUGGCCAUAACGCUCGUGUCAAAGAGCUACAGGCGCCGGGAGAGCAAGCGCAAGAAGUCGUUCCUGCUGUGCAUCGGCUGGCUGGCGCUCACCGACAUGGUCGGGCAGCUGCUCACCAGCCCGGUGGUCAUCGUCCUCUACCUGUCCCACCAGCACUGGGAGCAGCUCGACCCAUCGGGGAGGUUGUGCACCUUCUUCGGCCUGACCAUGACCGUCUUUGGGCUCUCCUCGCUCUUCAUUGCCAGCGCCAUGGCCGUCGAGCGGGCGCUGGCCACCCGGGCGCCGCACUGGUACUCAAGCCACAUGAAGGCCAGCGUCACCCGCGCCGUGCUGCUGGGCGUGUGGCUGGCCGUGCUCGCCUUCGCCCUGUUGCCGGUGCUGGGCGUAGGUCAGUAUACCAUCCAGUGGCCUGGGACUUGGUGCUUCAUUAGCACCCGGCCUGAGGGCAACGGGACUAACUCCCGGCAAAACUGGGGCAACGUUUUCUUCGCUUCUGCCUUUGCCAUCCUGGGGCUCUCGGCGCUGGUGGUCACCUUCGCCUGCAACCUGGCCACCAUUAAGGCCCUGGUGUCCCGCUGCAGGGCCAAGGCCACUGCGUCUCAGUCCAGCGCCCAGUGGGGCCGAAUCACGACAGAGACGGCCAUCCAGCUCAUGGGGAUCAUGUGCGUGCUGUCGGUCUGCUGGUCGCCGUUGCUGAUAAUGAUGUUGAACAUGAUCUUCAAUCACACAUCAGUUGAGCACUGCAAGACAAACACAGAAAAUCAGGAUGAGUGCAACUUCUUCUUAAUAGCUGUUCGCCUGGCUUCACUGAACCAGAUCUUGGAUCCCUGGGUUUAUCUGCUGCUAAGAAAGAUCCUUCUUCAAAAGUUUUGCCAGGUAGCAAAUGCUGUCUCCAGCUACUUUAAUAAUGGACCUAAAGUGCCGACUAUCUCACUAUCCAAUGAAAUAACACAGACAGGAGCAUGAAAGAGAACACUUAAUCAACUUGCAUGUUCACAGCUUUUGGCAAAAAAUAGCCCUAAAUCUUACUGUGAAUUUAGGCAUCUCUGGCAUGCUGCUAUUUAUGCAUUGAAGCAAAAUUUUUGAUAUAAGGCCUAAACGGUCUCAGAAGCAUAAAUAUUAAUAAUCCCCUAUGUGCCAAAAGUAUUGAAACACAAGCAAAGAAAAAUAGAUUAAUAUCAGUCUAGUGUUUUGGGGUCUCUUCCAUAUAUAGCUGAAUGUGUGAUUAUUUAUUAGGUGAAAGCACUUCUUUUGUUUUUAUAAAUGAUCUUGGUCUGUAGUGGGGGGCCGGAUAGGGAUAGUUAAUAUUCUAAUAUACUGAGUACAUGAGGAAUUCAACACACAGAUAUUUGAAGACAAGGCAACAGUUUAUUUUUGCUCAAAGGCCUUGGUCUUCUGCUUUCUCUUUUACUCUCUCUCUUUCUUUCUGUGUCACUUUCAUUCCCCUUAAAUUUUUUUUUAAAUUUGAUUUAGGAUGAAAAAAUGUAUAACAUAUUCACAGUAUUCAUUGAUACUGAUGUUAUUUAAAUGUCAUUCAAUAUGCAAAUUUGCUGCUAACCUUACAGAGUCUGUUUUGGUUGGGUUGGGAAUUAGGUUUAUUCAUUAUCUGAAUGAGUCAAUUAAUUCCAUUUAUUUCAAACAUGACAAUUUGUGAACAUCCAAAUUGUUAAAUGUUCUUCCUUUAGAUUACAUUUUUAAUUCCUACAAGCCUGGAGAAGAUUCAUGAAACUGUGCUUGGGAGUCAGUGAAGUGAUUUUUUUCAAAAUUCUAUUUAAGGACUGAUUGAGCCCUAAAUAUAGGUACUUAAGCUUAUUAUUUUCCCUGAUUUUUCCACCCAAAGUAUUCUCUUCAGUCUUUUGUGUAUUUAAAUACUAACUCCUAUUCUAAGACCAGUAAAUAUUUUAAAACUUCCAUAAAGACUUUCCAUAGUUUAGCCUAUUUAUAGGAUAAGGAAAUUAUAAUAUUGAUACCUCACAGCACUUUCUCUGCCCUCUCUUAAAAGUUUCUAUCUAAAUAUUUAUUAUUAAAAUGUAUCUCCUUAUGUGCACAAACCUUGACAGCCAAGCUUUAUAUCUUUUUGGCACAAGCAGGUCACUACAUUAAAUUUUGAGAAUUACACUUAAAAAAAUAAAAGCAACUCCCCAACAAACAUAACAAUCUUUCGAAUCAGACCUACAUAAAAUGUUCUUUGUACUCUUUAGAGCACUUGUUUUGCAAACUUACUGUUUCUCAUUCAGAGUUUAACUUGCUUUUUCCUUUAUUGUUUUCCCAGUUUUAAGAAACUUGAAAUUUAUAGUCCUUUAUAGUAGCUACCUUUUUGUGUGUGUAUUCAGUAGGCAUCGGGGGAAGAAUUAAUUUUAACAGGUGAAAAAUGUCUAUUAGAUUAAUAUGUUUACCAGGCUAAGUCAAUUAGGAGGAAUCAAUUUAAAUGAUCAUGUCAAAUUGAGUGAGAAGGCAAAAUCUGCUGAGAGUGCUUAUGUACCUCAUGGUGGUUCCACUAGUCUAGGUUUUGGGGAAAAAAUGAUGACAAAUAACCUAUGCUAAAAGGACAUUUAAAAAUUUCUCUAUACCAUGGAAUUGAAUUAUCCCACAAGUCACCUCGUGGAGGAUGAGACAAAACUACAUACUUUAAAAAAAAGUGUACUUAAAUGAUCUUAUAAUGACGAGGCUUUAGGUCCUAGGUUUAGACACAUACACAUAGCAUAGAUUCAAGUAGUGUGAGCUUGAAUGGGUUAUUUCUUCCAGCACCUUGCACUAGGAAUAUAGAAAGUGUUCAAUGACUAUUUGUUCAGUGAAUGAAUGAAUAAUUAUCUGCCAAAACCAGGUGCACAUCAGUGGGGUCCCAUUAUAUGGUUGAAGUGCUUCAUGACUUUAUAGACCAUUGAGCUGAUAAAAUGAAUGAACUCUGCUUGUUUAAUUACAGAAAUACAAAUUUAUCUUCAAAUGUUGAGUAUCAUAUUGCUUCAUGACAAAGUAAAUCAUUUGUAUUAAUAAUUUAAGAAACUACUACUCCCAAGUGGUAAUUGAGAUGACAGUCAAAGAAAUAUCACUUUUCAUCAGACCACAGAAAUUCAUAAAGACAAAACAACCUAAAACUCAUGCUUAACUAUGGAAUAGUUUCCUGCCCAGGGAUAUAUGGUAGCUGUGGUUGAUGGCAGUUUCUGAACAAGCUUGAAAAGGAAGUGGAAAGGAAGAAUUAUGUAAACAGCAUGUGACGUGUUAGUACAUGAAAAACCUGGUAAGAAAUGUUAGUCCUAAAUGAUAUUGAUCUUUGGAUGAUAGUUGAGGUUAGGUUUCAGGAUGUUCAGAAGCUCUCAAUGUGGUAAGGAAGUAAACAUCUAAAGUCACUGCAGAAGAGUAUAUCGGUUUCCAAAUUUAAGUUCCUUAGUCUUUAAGUUUACUCGAGUAUACUUAGUUUUGGGCAGGAAAAAAAUGCAUGCAUAAAUUAUGACAAUCCCAAAACUUCUCAAUACUGGUUUAAAAAAAUGGAGGCCUAGGAAACCAAAUAAAAAGAAGUAAAUGCAAUGUAAAAAUAGAUGUAAUAUCAACUGUUGUAGAUUUUACAAAGCUAUUCUAAUUUUCCACACAGUGAAUUUAUUCAGCUAUGUUGUAUCACAGAAGAGAAUGAUGACAUAUCAACCAAUAAGAACAGUUUACUUUUCAAAUGAAAUAAGUAUGGUAGAUAUCUUUAAAAUAUUUUAAAUUGAAGAAAUUAAAUGUGUUAUCCCAGGAUUUAGCAAAUCUGCCUAAGCUGUAUACCAAGUCAUUUUAAGUAAACAUAAGCAUUUAAUCAUGCCAGAUUCAAAUGAUUGCCAAUUGAAAGCCACACAUAUAUACUGAACACUUAUUUAUUAUAUAAAAGACCUCUUGACCAUGUUAUGGAACAAAAUUUUAGAAGCUCAUGUAAAAGUCGACUGUAAAAGACCCUGAAAACACACUGGCAUUGAGUAAUAGACAAACUAAAAACUCUGACAAAACACUAUCUUAAUAAGGUGGACAAUCUGUGGCAAUAUUCUUAUAUUUUCAAGAAUUAAGCCUUUUAUUUAAUACUUUAUAUGUUUUUGUUGGUUUUGACCCCAGGUUAGUGAUAUGUUUUCAGUCUUCCCCAUGUUGAUAAUCAUAGCCCUUUUGUAUUGGGAUCAGCUAAGAAAAUAGAAAAUAGUCAGCUAAGAAAAUAGAAAAAUCUCAUUCUUUGAAAUUUUAAACACAUAUAUUGCCCAUUUAUUUUCAUACUUAAUUCCGAAAGCUUCUUUUGAAAUAUGCAGGUUACUAGAAGGUGAGUGACGCAGAGAGACUGUAGAGUAUUUAUUACUACAAACAUAUUAAAGUUUAUUGCGGACUAACUGAAGUUUCCUUGAUUUACCUCUGUAAAAAGUUUAGGGCAUCAAGCAUGCCAUAUCUUCACAACUACUUGUUUAUUGCUGUCUUUGUGAUUGUGUAUGUCUGAAAUCUGCUAAAGCUGAGGUCUAAAUAAGUGAACAGAAUUGUUCUAUGAAUGAGAUUAUAUCACUUUUUUAAAUAAAGAGUAUUUAAUACUGUGGCUAUAUUGAUAGAACUGUUUUCUGAGUUGCAAUAGAAUGUUAAUAAGAGGUGACAUACGUCUAUGAUGUUUCAUAAUGGAGGUUAUGAUAUAGUCUAUUUACAAAAUUUGAAUAUCAAACUAAAACUCACAUGCACAUUUGUUAAGAAGGUGCUGUCAGUUCAAAACUCUAAGACAACUAACAGGUAGUGAUUACACAUGAACCAUGAAACAGAGAAUUAUGGCAAAUUUAAAAAUUAGAACUCCAUUAUACUGGUAUCAUGUAUAUGGAUACUAAUUACAUGUGAAAGUUCCUUACCCCUGGAUUACUCUCACCCAAAAGGUUUCAAUUUUAUAAUGAUUCAUGUUGUAGCUAUUAAGUAAAAUCUUUCACAUGCCUUCCCUGAAUGCCUUUUUUGAAUUGAGUCCACCUUGAAUAAAACUAAAGAAAGUGAAAAGAGCAGUACAGGGUGACUUUGUUCUCACAGUGACAAAUGGAAAACUGAAACUAUGCACAUGUGUGAAAGACUUCAGCACUUCUAGAAGUAAGGUGGUUUUUUUGUCCCAAAGGAGGUCAACAAUUAGUUUUUAAAUCAAAUGGAAUUAUAUCUUCAAAACAUGCUGCUUAACAUUUUCUUUCUCACUCUUCUCUACUCUUUACUCUUUUAAAUAAUGAAAGAGCAAAGAAUUUUAAUUUUCUGGAGUCUCUAUUUUAUAAAUCUUGAGUGAGGAUUCUAUUUAAAGGCUUGCCAUUUAUACAAGUUGAGUUGUAAACCAUUAUAUUAUGAUAUCACAAGCCUACUACAUUUUGGUUCUUUAGAAAUGCAGUUCAAUCAGGUAUAUACCAUAUUUGCUCAUAUAUAGAUUACACAUUUUUUUAUUGAGAAUGAAAAUUAUUCUAUUUUCAGAAAUUUUACAUCAAUUUGUUUUAAAUCAUAAACAACUCAUAUAUCUACUGAAAUGCUUAUUUCUUCUUUUGAAAAAAGACUGUUUCCCUGGCUCCCUUGCCUCCAGCCUGUUUAUCCAUUUUCUCAUGGAGAGAAAGUAACAGAAAUAUUUACUAUUGGUGAAGCUGGGAUUGUUUUUAAGAGAGAGAAUGGUUUCACAUUUCUAAUGUGCUAAUGUACUAAUCGAUGAAACAGAUCUGAGUCUGUUUUUUAAUAUCUGCUUUAAUGAAAUAAUUUUAUUAUGGGAGUAAAUAUAAGAAGGAGAGAGAUUAACAUCAGGUACAAUUAGGCUUUUCAGGCUUAUCAAGCAUUUUAGAGAUGAUAGCACUUCUAAAAUUUUUUGAUCAGCUCUUAAAUUCCUUUGUCAGUUGCUUUACUUUUUUUUCUUCUUCUUUUUUUUUGGCCUCACCCCGCAGCAUGUGGGAUCCUAGUUCCCCGACCAGGGAUCGAACCCGGGUCCCCUGCAUUGGAAGCACGGAGUCUUAACUACUGGACCACCAGGGAAGUCCCUGUCAGUUGCUUUAGAAUUAGAAUAGUUUGGCUUUUUUAAUUAAAGUGAACCAGAUAUCUAGCCAAAAGCUUGCCAAUCAUCAGACUUUAAUAUGAAAAUAGUUUAUUUCUAUGGUUUUCAAUUUCUGUAGAAAUCAAAGCUGUAAUGUUUAGCAGGAGAAAAUGCAUAUGACUUACUGAUGGACUUCAGUAUUCUUUCAGCUUUUGAAAGGACACUCCUAUGGAAUAGACAUGGAGGGUGGGACAGAGAACAAAGACAAAGAGAUGAAAGAAAACCUACAUAUUUCCAACUUGUCAAGAUUCUUCAUCCUUUUAGGCCAUUUCACAGAAGCAAGGAGAGGAAGGGGCCACAUUUGUCUUCAUACACUUGAACAUCAGUAGGACAAAGUGAGGAGUGGCCAGUGUUCUUUUCUGUAAAAGCAAAUGUUUAAUUCACUCAAGUCAUCACUGACUGCCAAACUCUUUUUCUUCCCAGGCCUCCUAUAUAUAGAUAGAAUAUUUUACUUUCUCCCUCUUCUUUAACAAAACAAUUUUGUACAGAUGGCAUAAAGUUGAACAUUUCUCUAAGGAAGCAAAUUAAAAAUAGGCACUGAUGAUAUUAAUCUGCUUACAACAAAUGAAUAUAUUAUUUUCAAAAUGUAUAUAAGUAAGAAUUGAAAUCAUUGACACUUUAAUAAAUGAUGUAAAGCUCAGUAUAAAAAUUGUAUGUUUCUCCACCUCUCCUAUUCAGCAUUCCAUCCCAGUGGGUUCAAUGGGAAGGUAAACUUUUGUCACCUUUAUGUAAAAUUUUUCUAGGAGUUAUGUUAAGUAUAUCUAAACAUAUCUUCCAGUAUGUUUGAAAGGGUAGUCUUCAAUAUUGUGGAGACAAAAAUAAAAGACUGAAAAGUACAUCAGAAUUUUGAUGGCAUUUAAGUCAUAGGUAGUCUGUGUAUUUAACAAAUGUAUGUUAUUUAUGUUGUGUUUGUCAAUGGAAAAUAAAGUUGAAUUUUCUGAAA